UCGGAUCCGGGAAUCGAAACUGCGCGGAGCCAUGCUCAAGUCGCCGCCACCCGCCUGGUCCCCGGACCGGGAGCCCGAGCCCGAUCCCCAGCCCGAGCCGCCCGCCGGGCCUCACCCCGGGGCCUCGCCCGGAGGCCCCCAGCCCAGCCCCAGCCCCGCGGAGCCAACCAUGGAGGAGGAGUUCCGGUUCCUGCUCUGCCAGGGCUGCCACACCCUAGCCAAGUGCCCGAAGCUGUUGACUUGUUUGCACACGCUGUGUUCCGGCUGCCUGGAGGCCCACGGUCUGCAGUGUCCCACCUGCCAGGAGUCCCAACCCCGGGACCCGAAGGAGGAGGCCCUGGAUAACGUGUUCUUCGAGAGCCUGCAGCGGCGUCUGAGCCUGUACCAGCAGAUCGUGGAAGCACAGGCCCUGUGCACACGCUGCAAAGAGCCGGCCGUCUUCUGGUGCUUCGAGUGCGAACAGCUGCUCUGCGCCAAGUGUUUCGAGGCCCACCAGUGGUUUCUAAAGCACGAGGCCCGGCCCCUGACGGAGCUCCGCGACCAGACAGCCCGCGAGUUCCUAGACGGCACCCGCAAGACCAACAACAUCUUCUGCUCCAACCCCAACCACCGCACCCCAGCGCUGACCAGCAUCUACUGCCGGGGCUGCAGCAAGCCGCUGUGCUGCUCGUGCGCGCUCCUGGACGCCGGCCACAGCGACCUCAAAUGCGACCUGGGCGCCGAAGUCCGGCAGCGCCAGGAGGAGCUGCGAGCCACGGCGCAGGCGCUGCAGGAGCGGGAGCACACCUUCGCUGACGCGCAUGCGCAGGUGCGCGCGGCGCUGAGCCAGCUGGGCUGCGCACGCGCCGACACGGAGGAGCUGAUCCGCGCAAGCGUGCGCCAGGCUGUGGCGCGCGUGCAGGCGCGGGAGCAUGCGCUGCUCGAGGCCCUGGAGGCGCGCUUCCAGCUGGAGCGCACAAAACUGGCAGACCAGCUCCAGCGCCUGGACACCGUGCUGCAGCGCAUGCGCACGGGCGGCGCGCUGGUGCAGCGCCUGGAGCUGUACGCCUCGGACCAGGAGGUGCUGGACAUGCACAGCUUCCUGCAGGGCGCGCUCGACCGCCUGCGCCAAGAGGAGCCAGAAGGCCCCGGGGCGCCGCGGGACCCGGCGGAGCCCCGCAGCUUCGCAGAGAUCGAGGUGCAGCUGCAGGAUCUCGUCUCUUGCAUCACUAAUGCUGUGCUGACCAGGGAAGCCAGCCCAGAGGCCUCCAGCAUGCCUCAGAAUUCUCUGGAUGUGGAGCUGCCCAGAGAGGAGCAGAGGACAGAAACCCAGUCCCUCAGCCAGGCUGAGACCCAGCUUGUGGCUAUGGAGCAGUCAGAGCCCAGCGCUCCCCCAGUACCCAGAUACAACUUCUGCAUGACAGGCCCAUCCUUCAGGGAGGAAGGUUCCGGAAUAAACCCCCCCAAGAAGAGGAAGUCCUGCUAUACCCAGUGCCCCAAAAUCAUCAAGAUGGAAUCCGAGGAUGAGAAGGAGGCAAGGCUGUCCGCGAGCUCCCCAGAAUACCCCAUACCCAGCACCUCCAGAGCAGUGCCACAUCCCCACCUAGGUGCGGACGGCCCCCCCAGCCCGGAGAGGCCUCGCCUAGGACAAGAGAUCCUUCUGCCCCAAAGCAAUCAUGUGACCAGCGACGAUCCAGAGCCAGGCGAGCCUGUCGUGGUCAUCAGCAGCUCGGACGACUCUGAGCCUGAGAACCUGUCCUCCCACGAGCUAGAUGGCAGCAGCGAGGCCCAGCUGGAGGGGCCCAGCACCAUCCACACCCUGGACAGCCUCCACGCUGAGCCCCAGGUGGAAGACAGGCCCCUGAUUUUCUUUGACCUGAAGAUUGACGACAAAACCCAGAAGAUUAGCCAGCUGGCCGCAGUGAACCAGGACACCAAGUUCCGCGUGCUCAUCCAGCCGCAGGGCGUGUUCAGCGUGCACACGAAGGCCGUGUCUUUGGAGGCCGGCCUCCUCCACUUCCUCCGCUUCCUCUGCUCCAUGCAGCGCCCCAUCUUGGCCUGCUACACACUGUGGGGGCCUGCCCUGCCCUGCUUCUUCCAGGCCCUGGAGGACAUGAGCCAGCUGUGGGAGUUCCAGCAGGCCAUCUCCGGCUUCCUGGCCGUUUUGCCCCUCAUCGAGGAACGCGUGCCCGGCGCCGGCAGCUUCAAGCUCAAGAAACUAGCCAAGACCUACCUGGCCAGGAACUUGAGCGAUCGCAGCGCCCUGGCUGCCGUGCUGGCCAUGCGAGACCUGUGCCGCCUGCUGGAAAUCUCGCCCGGCCCGCAGCUGAUCCCUCACGUCUACCCCUUCAGUAACCUGCAGUGCUUUGCCUCCCUGCAGCCCCUGCUGCAGGCGGGGGUCCUGCCCACGGCCGACGCCCGUCUCCUGGCCCUCUCCAACGUCAGCUUCCAGGAGCUGCUGAUUGCCCACCGUUACAAUCCCAAGGGGGGCCUGAAGAGAGGCCACCCAGACUUGAGGCCCUCCGAGGGACAUCCCCAGCCCCCUGUCACUGUCCUCCAGUGACUGCCUGCCAGCCUCGAAGGAGACCCGACCACUCCAGCAGUACCAUGGGUACUGGAAGUGCCUUCAACCCAGCUCCUCCGGCCUCCGCCCCCUCCCCCUUCUCACCGCCCCCCGCUGUCUGGCUUCUGAGCCAGGAGAAUUCUUUCCCAUCAUCCUGGCUUUGCUCCCCCCCAGGGCCACCAGACCCCACUCAGCAGGGCCAAGCAGGGUUCUACCCACUUCUAUAGGUAAUACGGGUUACUGCUUGGGUCUAGGGGCUGCAGCUGUAAGUGUACCCCUCCAAGGGCAGCGAUGGGCUGCGAAGGUGGCUCAGUGGUGGAGUGUUUGCCUAGCAUGCAUGAAGCCCUGGCUUCGAUUCC